AUGGCGACGAGUUCUACAGCUGCUACGGCUACAAAAGGACCCAAGCUAAAAGUUUUACCCUUCGAUCCUCACGGAAAUCGGUUAGACCUGGGGAAACGAUGGGAAAAGUGGUUCGAACGAUUUGAGAGAGACCUCAAGUAUAACGGAUGUGACCCUAGUAAAACACCAGAAAUAGCCAAAAUGGCGCUGUUAAUAUACGCAGGCACCGAGGUGGAAGACCUGCACGACACUCUGCCAGAACCAAGCAGACCAGAAGGCACAGAGGAAGAAAACUGGACCGCGUAUGAGCAAUCCAAAACCAAACUGAAAAUACAUUUUUCACCAAAACAGUGCAACGACUUUGCUAUCUUUGAAUUACUCCGAAUGAAAAUCGAAUCGUCAGAAAGUAUUACAAGUUAUGCGAUGAGGCUACGUAAAGCAGUGAGCAAGUGCGAUUUUACAAAUUGGUCGGCGGAGAAAAUGAUCAAAAGCCUGAUCAUCAGAAAUAUGCAAGAUGACAAUCUUCGCCUAAAAUUUUUGCAGAAGGACAGAACACUGGACCAAAUCUUAGAUAUCGCUAGAAAGAAGGAAGAUGCUGUGGCCCGAAUUAAAGUAAUAGACAGGGACUCGCGACAGGUAGUCAACAAGGUGGGUGCCAAACAAAAUCAACCGUUACAACAGAAGUGGACCACAGAUCAGUGCAAUCGGUGUGGACACGAGAACCAUUUCCCUGCUUCGGAGUGCCCAGCCAUAUCCAGAAUCUGCAAUUACUGUAAAAAGAAAGGACACUAUGCAAGCAAGUGCUGCAAGAAACAAAAGGAAGCAGGAAUCAAACGCAUCGAAGCAGAACCCCAAACUGACACCGGAACCGACACCGACACUGAUGAGUACGACACAGCCAACAUCGAAUUAGUUAACAAUCUUGGGAUGAGGGAAAAGCCAUCGCUGAUGAGAGUCCGCACUAACGACCAAGACGUUCUGUGGCAACCGGAUACCGGGACCCAAAAGACGUCUGGGAUGAGGCACACUUCCGCAGCUUUAAAGAAAAGACUCGGGGGGAAGUAA